AUUAAUUUGUCAUUACUUUUUUCAGAAAAUUUUGAUGUGAUUGUCGAAUCGAUGUCUUAAUUUGUUUGUGGGGUGGGCCAAAUUCAUGCGUAAUUAGUCUUAGGUCAACUAUAUCUCUAUUUUUGUGAGACUUGUGUGAAAUCACUCGAAAAAAUGGUUAUGAAUCAAUUUGUUACCACUUAUAGGAAAGAUUACUUGUGGCCUUAUGUGAGGACGUUUGGCUCGAAGCCAUCUCCUGAUCAUCUAUACAAAGCUCAGUAUCGUGACCAGAAAACAUGCGAUUGCAACGCUCUACCUCCAAUACAUCCAUCGAAUGAACAAAAACAGGUAUUGGGUCCAAACGCCCUCAAAGAAGAAGCAUGGAGUCGAUUGGGCCCUAUGGGGCCUUUGCUGGAUCCUAAAAUCUAUCCCGCAAGAGUGGGGGCACCCCCAGAAUCCCAGAUCAGUCGAUUCAACCAACCCAACGUUUUCCUUCAGAAGCUCCAAGAAAAGUAUCCGUUUAUUUACGAAUGCUUGAGAAAUGCUCCUCCUGACGAUUUGAUAUCUCGAAUCAAUAGAGAUCGUUUGCGAACAACUUAUGAGGUUGACUUUUGUCGGAUGAGAGAAUAUCCAGAUGCUUCAUACGAUGAGCUACUUAGAACUGCUGGAGUGUCUGGUGCGCCUCCAUGUCCGGAACCUGUGACUCUACCGGGUGACCCUUGCAGACCAGGCCAGAGGAAUGUAGCUUACAGGCCCGCAGUUAUAAGUCAAAUGGGAUACUGCAAGGGUUCAGGAGGAGGUGGAGGUGGAUUGGGCGGAGAGGUCACAGAACAUUGCAAGGUGAAAGACAUAGCACAGUGGAAUCCCUUUGAGAAAGAAUGUGAAGAAAAACAAAAAGAUCCUGUGGUAGAAAGAUGGGGUCAAAUGCUUUUCAGGGAUACAAUGCAUUGGCACAGUCCGUUUCCUUCAGGCAGAAGUGUUAAAGACAAGAAAAUACCUAUGAGCAAGUCUUGUUUUUGAAUUAUCCAUGAGAUAUAGUAGGACUUAAAAAAAAUAGAUGUUUCUUGUUAUAAUUGAUAAAUUUGGUGACAAUAUAGCCGAUAUAUUUUGAUUGAA